AUGUCGUCCGUACUUCCUUCGCUGCUUCUUGUUGUCAUGGUAGGAAUUACUGUCGGGCAGAAGGCGUAUCCAGAAGACGAGCUCAGGGUCUGCGAGUUGACUGAUCUCGAGACUUUAAGUUUGUCCAAAUGUGAAUUGGAGGUAAGGAAAAUGACAUUAAUACUAAUUGCUCUAUCAGGGAAGGAUUGCAGAAUUGGAGAACAAGAUUCGAGAGAUUGAGGAUACUGUCAUGAGUCAGGGAAACCACGUACACGUGAAAGGAGAGGUCGCCAAAAGGAAGAAUGAAUUUAUCAGAUUUGGGAAGAGAUCCCUCGCUACCGUAUUAGACCAUAUGCCUCACAGCAGGUAUGACAAUUUUAUUUUUUUUUAGAACUUCACGCUUAGACUAGAUAAAAAAUACUGUACUUAUCAGUGCAUAAUCAAUUAAAAUAAAUAGUUUCUUGCCCUUCUGAUUACUUUAGUGGGCUUAUUUAUGUUAUUGCAGAUGGAAUCCCCAUUCCGACAAUGCCCUUCGAUCUCUUUCUAUGGGUAGGUAUCCAUCCAAGCCCAGAUUACCUAAAUUAUUCACUUUAGUCAAGAGAAAGAACGAAUUCAUCCGAUUCGGAUAA